GCAACCCUUUUCUUUUUCCUCUUAUCAAUUGUCAUUGCCGAUGUCAUUAAAUUGAAUGAUGCCAAUUUCGAAGAAAAGACUCAAAUGACAACUGGAGCUACCACAGGUCGCUGGUUUGUAAAGUUUUAUGCUCCUUGGUGUGGACACUGCAAGAGACUUGCUCCCACGUGGGAAGAACUCGCAGAGGCCACUCUGAACGAAGUAAACAUUGCUGAGGUGGACGCAACCCAAAACCCGCAGCUCUCGAAGCUUUACAACAUCCAGGGCUUCCCUACUCUGCUAUUCUUUGACAGUGGAAAGUACGCCACCUAUAACGGAGGUCGCGAUUUGGAUUCGCUGAAAGAUUUCGUGCAUGAAGGAUACAAGAGUGCCUCGUUCAGCAACUGCCCGAGCCUUCCUUCCUGGUAUGAGACCUACAUCGAAGAUUUGUCGCAGCGAGCGGGUCGCCACCUGGGCGCUGAUCCGUUUGUAACGUGCUUCGCAUUGAUGGGUUCUGGAAUGGUUAUCGGUAUUGUGGCUACCCUUGUUGUUCACUGCUGCUGCUGCAGAAAGCCGCGCUACGAGCCUGUGAGCGACGAGAAAAAGAACGAUUCAUGUAAACGGCAGAGCGCUAUAAUGCAUAGAAAGUUGUUUAUUCUCUGUGACAACAGACAAAUUGUGGUUUAUGAUCUGGCGACCUCGCCGACGUUGCUCUGUGAAAAGGAAUCAUUGCUCAAAUUCAGCCUUCGCUCGAUUGCAGCCUUUACAGACGGGAAUGGAUACGUCGUAGGAAGCAUCGAAGGCCGUGUUGGUGUGGAGUACAUUUCCAGCUCGGAGCAGGAGAAGCCGUUUUCUUUCCGUUGUCACCGUAAAACCGACGCUUACAAUGAAUUGUGCUAUCCGGUGAAUUCCAUUUGCGUUCAUCCUCUCUACCGCACCUUCGCUACUGGCGGAGCGGACGGUUCGGUUUGUAUCUGGGACGCCUCGGCGAAGAAACGCCUCGCCAUCUUUCAGGAGUAG